AUGUCGGACCUCGACCACUUCAGCAUGCUCCCCAUCCACAUGGACCCCCAGUCCAAGGCCAUCCUCCCCUCCGGCAGCAGGCCGUCGCGCGCCCUCGCCGCCGAGCUGGAGAAGCUCAACAACCUGCACCGCGCCAUCCUCAACAUCGAGGUUCCCCCCGGCGCGAUCCCGCUCGUCCCUCCUCCGCCGAUCCCUGUCAACCCGAAGCGCACCGCCAACGUCUCCAAGCUGCGCGACAGCGGCAACACCGAGUACCGCAAGCAAAAGUACGCAGAGGCCGUCAAGUUUUACACCCAGGGCAUCGAGAUGGCGCUGCAGCGGCCCCUCUGGGAGCCCGCGGCGCUGGUAAGGGAGGAGGUGUCCAUGCUGUAUGCCAACCGCGCGCAGUCGCACAUGGCCAUGGGUAACUGGCCCGAGGGCGCGGUCGAUGCGGAAUCCAGCGUCGAGGCGAGGAGGGUCGGCAAUGCGAAGGGGUGGUGGCGUAGGGGCCGGUGCUUGACGGAGAUGGGGAGGCUGGAUGAGGCGCGCGAGUGGGUCAAGAGAGCGUUGGAGAUGGAGGGCGAGGAGGCCGACUUGGUGACGCUGCUCAAGGACAUUGAGGAGAGGAUUGAAAAGUCGCGGGCGUAG